GUUUGAUAACAUUAUCACUUUUCAGAAACACGUGUGCUAUACAGAUGAAGUUGCAUAGUGUGUUGUUAUUAAAGAAAUAUCUUCAGUCGUGGUGUUGUCUUAAAUAAUUAAUAGUUAACGUUUUAAUCUUGACUUGCAUUUUAUAGUUUUAUUCAUAUACAUUUCCUUUGUGAAUUUGUCAUUUGGAUUAAAUAUGGGUUCCAAACGUAAAUCGACCGUGAAAAAAAACGUAUGUAGUUGAAUAUUUUAUUGAUAUCUAUUUUCUAAUUAAUAAUUGCGAUGUGACACAAAGAUAAAACUUUUAAAACAUAACGACAAACUAAAAAAUCAAUUUUAAUUUUAAAACCAAUAAUUUUGAAUAUAUCAAAUUUAUUUUAUUUAAUAUUAUUUCGUUGUAUACAAUGUAACAAUUAUAUAUUUAUUAUUUUAAACAUUUAAAACAUUUGGUUUAUCAUUGUUACCAUCAUAAUUAAUGAAUUGGAAAAAAUUAGUUAUUGAUACAAUUUUUGAAAAUACAGUAUUAGUAUGCUUACCUAAUGUUUCAGUUAUAUAAAGAAAAACAAAUUGAAUGGUUUACCUAUACCUAUAUUGAAUUUGAUAAAUUGAACUAUAAUUUUUAAUUAAUGUUCAUAAUCAUCAAAUACUAUAAAAUUAAAACAAUUUUGUAAAGGUUUUUUUUCGAGUUAGGAGAGGUUCCGUACCUGUUUUAUUUAGUUUUGAAUGUAAUCUAACCAUUAUAAAUACCUACCAUUGGGUAGAUGCUCGUAACUAAUAAAUUUUAAAAUAUGCCCAAUAAAAUGUCAUUAUAUUGGUUUAAAAAAAAAAUGUAAAAAUAUGUUACAAAAUAACUACUUUAACUAUUAAAAACUUAAAAUAAUAAAAAUAAAAUGGAUGAAUAAUUUAAAUUAAAAAAUGGUUGUUUGUAUAAAAUGUAUAAAUUGAAAAAAAAAAAUAAUGCAGUCCUCAUUUAUUGUUCAUUUAAUCUGAAAACUUACAUUUAUUUAAAACUGAUGUAAUUGAUAUGUUUAUAUGUACUAAGGUGUGGUAUUAAACAAAUUAUUUUUGACCAUAAUUGUUUUUUGUUCCACAUGGCUUUCAAAACAAAAUUUUUAAUCGGUUGAAAAACUUGUUUACUAGAUUCGGAAUCAAAUUAUAUUGCGCUGCUGAUGAAGUUAUUUUUUUUUUGGUAUUUAAAAAAAAAAAAAAGAUACAAUUGUUUAAAAUACAGUCAAAUUAACUCUCAUUAUAAAGACACCAAAACACUACAGCACACGUAAAGUUUAUGAAUACACUUAACGAUAAACUGCCACAAUAAUCUAUUAAUUUAUUAAACUUAGUUAUAAGACAUUUCCAAUCAAUAAAGAUAACAUUUCUAUAAUAGCAAUUGAAAUAUACAAUAAUUUAAUAUUAAAUGCAAGUAAAACUUAAAGAUACCAAACAUACACAAAUAUACUUUGAAAGAAAAAUGGAUUGAAAUAUGCAAAAAUAUGCAACAUACAAAUUUUAUUUUAAUAUUCUAUAAGUCACAAAAUAAAUCCUGCUCUAUAAAUUUUAUUACUAAAGAAAAAAUAUAUUCAUGCAUGAAUCAUUCUUCCUCUAUUGAGUACGUAUAUAAAAUAAUUCAAAUAUUUCUGUUUUUGAUAUACAUACCUAAUAAAAAAAUUCAGUUAUUUGUUUAACUUUACAAAAGCAUGAAACAUUAAUAAUUAUCGCAAAUGUAUUGUUUCCUGUAGUUUACGAAAUUAUAAAUUAAAAUAGGUAAAUAUUAAUAAUUUAUAAUUGUUGAAUACAGAAACGGUUGAAGAAACUAAAGAAAACUGUUUACGAAGAACCUGAAGAAUUGAAAAGAGCUCCACAUUCAUUUGUUAUCCACAGAGGACAAAUUGGCAAAAGUUUAAUGCAGUUGGUAAAAGAUUUUCGAAAGGUUAUGGAACCAUUCACUGCUGCUUCAUUGCAAGUAAUAAUAAAUUGAUUUACUUUAAUUUUUUAAAAAAAUGUGUAAUUGUCAAAUUUUUAAGAACAUUUAUAAAGAAUUGUAUUUUAAAAUGUUAUAUAGGUGUAUAAGAAAAACACAAUUAAAGACUUUGUGUCUCUUGCUGGCCCUAUGCACGUUUCACAUUUAUGUGUGUUCACAAGCUCAGAUACAGGAAUAAAUUUUCGUGUAGCCAGAUUACCCCAAGGUCCAACAAUGACAUUUAAACUACACAACUAUGCACUCAGUAAAGACGUUGUGUCGUCAUUGCGUAAACAAAUGGUUAAUCCAAAAUUGUUUAGUCACGCUCCAUUAAUCGUUAUGAAUAAUUUUACUGGUGAAGGUUUGCAUAUCAAUUUGAUGGCUACUAUGUUUCAAAAUAUGUUUCCUACAAUAAAUGUCACCAAAGUAAGAAAAUAUUAGUUUAAAUGAUUUAUUAAGUACAUAUUUUUACUGUCACAUUUAGGUAAAUUUAAAUGAUAUUAAAAGAUGUGUUUUGAUGAAUUAUUCUUCCGAAACAAAAUUGAUUGAAUUUAGACAUUAUGCUAUUAAAAGCGUUCCAGUUGGCUUGUCUAAAGGGGUAAAAAAAAUUGUCCAGAGUAAAGUUCCUGAUUUAUCAAAUUUAAACGACAUUGAUGAAUUUUUGUUGAAGUAAAUAUUAAUUAUAUUAUAUAUCAAAUCAAUUCACUUCCAAUUAAUAAUUGAAUAUGUUCACCGAACUAUGUAGGCCAGAACUUUUGUCUGAUAGUGAGGUUGAGGAUAAUCCAAGUUCCACCAUUAUUGUCCCUCAAAAGUUGGUCAGUCGAGGUAACAUAGUAGGUACUCAAUCUUCCAUAAGACUGAGUGAACUUGGUCCAAGGCUUACAUUACAGGUAAAUUACGCUAUGGUGAAAUGUACAAAAUUCCAUUAUUUCACUAAUACAACAUUAAUAUUUUAGUUGAUUAAAGUGGAAGAUGGACUUAUGACUGGUGAUGUAAUGUUUCACGAAUUCAUCAAAAAACCUAAAGAUUUGAAUGAAGAACUGGCUGACGAAAAAAACCAAGAAGAUUAAAUGUGAAUAAAAAGUAAAAAUUAAGUACCUUAACUGAAAUACUUACACGUUUUAUUGAUAUUAUGUUUAAAUAUGAUUUAUGUAAAAUAAUCUUAAGUUUAAAUAAAAUCAUUUUUGAUUGAUUUGUCAUUGCAUAUAAUAGUUUUUAAUUGAAGGUCAUGUGUUUUUAUUAACAAUGUUUUUAUCAUUUAGAUAUUAAAACUUGGUAUAAAUUAGGUUUCUAAAAUUAAAUUAAUAAUUUGAUCGGUAUAGUGGUAGUCAGUUUUCAUAUUUAUUAAGAAAUACUAAUUAAAUUAAAAAUAAACCCAAAGUUAUUAUUUAGUCAUUAUAUAUAAAGAAAAUAAUUGUGAUAUACAAUAUUAUAAUAAAUAAAUAAAAAAAAGAUUACUAGUCACAUAAAUAAUGUGAAAGCAUCAAGUAUUACUUAAAUGACAAUACAAUAAUGUUAAAAUAUAUAUAUUGGCUUUAAUCUAACAUUAGGUAAUUAAAAAAAAAUUAUCGUUACUUGAUAAUUUAUGACAUAUUGUAAAAUUAUUAUAGUUAUGUAAGUAAUAUUCAUGGUUCUCCCAUUUUUUAUUUAUAUUAAAUGCAGUAUAACUUUAUUUAACUAAGUUCAAUCAAUUUGAUUUAUAGGGACAAUAUUAACUAAAUUUAAACUGUUUAUUAUUGUAUAAAGAAAAUAUAAUUUAAAAAAUUAAUUUUCAUUGAGAUUUUUAUUAUGGAUCAAAAAACAUAUAAAUGUAAACAGAAAUUAUGUAGAAAAAAUUCUAUCAAAUUAUCUCUGUGCUGACUUAGCUAUUUGCUCUUUUAAAACCAAAAUACUUUGACGUUGUUCCGCUGGUAAUUUUGCAAUUUGUUCCUCAGUUAAUUGCAAUACUUGCAUUAUUAAAGCCGCCUAAAAAAGAAAAUAUAAUUAAAAAAUUUCCCUUCAAAAAUGAUAACUAAAUUAACUUUUGGCUGAAUCUACCUUUUCAUUGUCUGUUGAAGAUCCAGGCUUAGGCUGUUGUUGUCCAGCCGGUGGUCGAGUUGGCUGAACCGCUUGAGGCACUUGGGUUGUUACUUGGGCUGUGUUAUUACUGUUUGCUCUAGGAUCUCUAAUCGUAAAAGUUCGAAUAUCUGAAUCCAUUGUUGCUGAAGCACGGGGAUCCCUCGACAAGCUGUAAAAAUAAGGUUGUUAAUAAUAGUAAUUACUAGUAGAUUAUAUUUUAAUGCGAUUUACGGUACUGCCGGCUGUGGAAGUGGAGAUUCAACUGGUACAACUACUGUUGGUAACGGUUGAGGGAUUGGAAUUGGUAUUGGUAAUGGUUGCUGCCUUAAAUCUUGAUCCAUGACACGCACACGAGGUAUUUGUUGUCGCAAAUCCAUAUCUUCAACU